UGGCCUCAGCCUUGGCAGCGGCUCGGGAACGGCAGGGGCGGUCCCACCUCUCCACCGCCCAGAACAGGCGCCAGCCAGCCCCCAUCUCCAGACCGUGGCUGUCUGAGGUCCCUUCUGGUCCGCGACACCUGCGCCUCCUCCGCACUUGGUCCUUCGACCCCCACUGUUGCCAUGAGGAUCGCAGUGAUCGGGCAGAGCCUGUUCGGCCAGGAGGUUUACUGCCACCUGAGAAAGGACGGCCACGAGGUUGUGGGCGUGUUCACUGUUCCAGACAAGGACGGGAAGGCAGACCCUCUGGGCCUGGAGGCCGAGAAGGAUGGAGUACCAGUGUUCAAGUUCCCCCGCUGGCGGGCCAAAGGACAGGCUCUGCCCGACGUGGUGGCGAAAUACCAGGCUUUGGGUGCUGAGCUCAACGUCCUGCCCUUCUGCAGCCAGUUCAUCCCCAUGGAGGUGAUCAAUGCCCCCCGCCAUGGCUCCAUCAUCUACCACCCCAGUCUGCUGCCCCGGCACCGAGGAGCCUCGGCCAUCAACUGGACCCUCAUUCAUGGAGACAAGAAAGGGGGCUUUAGCAUCUUCUGGGCGGAUGAUGGUCUGGACACGGGGGACCUUCUGCUCCAGAAGGAGUGUGAGGUCCUCCCGGACGACACCGUGAGCACGCUGUACAACCGCUUCCUCUUCCCCGAAGGUGUCAAAGGGAUGGUGCAGGCUGUGAGGUUGAUUGCCGAGGGCAAAGCCCCUAGGUGCCCUCAGCCUGAGGAAGGGGCCACCUAUGAGGGCAUCCAGAAGAAGGAAACAGCCAAGAUCAACUGGGAGCAGCCAGCAGUGGCCAUUCAUAAUUGGAUCCGUGGGAAUGACAAGGUGCCUGGUGCCUGGACAGAGGCCUGCGGGCAGAAGCUGACAUUUUUCAACUCAACGCUGAUCACUUCAGGCCCGGUAGCUGAGGGAGAAGCCCUGCCCAUCCCAGGAGCCCAUCGUCCAGGGCUGGUCACCAAAGAGGGACUCAUCCUCUUUGGGAACGAUGACAGAAUGCUGCUGGUGAAGAACAUCCAGCUGGAGGGCGGCAAGAUGAUCCCGGCCUCGCACCUCUUCAGGGGUGCAGACAGCAGCACCCUGGAGCUGACAGAGGAGGAGCUGGUCACCGCCGAGGCUGUGCGGGGUGCCUGGAAACGGAUUCUCCCCAAUGUCCCCGAAGUGGAAGACUCCACUGAUUUCUUCAAGUCGGGGGCCGCAUCUGUGGAUGUUGUGAGACUGGUCGAGGAAGUGAAGGAGCUGUGUGAUGGCCUGGAAUUAGAGAACGAAGAUGUUUACAUGGCAACCACCUUUGGGGACUUCAUCCAAUUGUUAGUGAGGAAGCUGAGGGGGGAAGACAGAGAGAGCGAGUGCAUCAUUGACUAUGUGGAAAAGGCGGUGAACAAGCUGACCCUCCGAAUGCCCCACCAGCUCUUCAUCGGGGGUCUGUUUGUGGAUGCCGAGGGGGCCAAGACCUACGAGACCAUCAACCCCACAGAUGGUAGCGCCAUCUGCAAGGUGUCCCUGGCCCAGGUCAGUGACAUUGAUAAGGCAGUGGCUGCUGCGAAGGAUGCCUUUGAGAACGGACUAUGGGGGAAGAUCAGUGCGCGGGACCGGGGCCGUCUGCUGUACAGAUUGGCAGACCUCAUGGAGCAGCAUCAGGAGGAGCUGGCCACCAUCGAGGCUCUGGACUCGGGCGCCGUGUACACGCUGGCCCUGAAGACCCAUGUGGGCAUGUCCAUCCAGACCUUCCGCUACUUCGCUGGCUGGUGUGACAAGAUCCAGGGCUCCACCAUCCCCAUCAACCAGGCCAGACCCAACCGCAACCUGUCCCUGACCAGGAAGGAGCCAAUCGGGGUGUGUGGCAUUAUCAUCCCCUGGAACUACCCCCUGAUGAUGCUGGCCUGGAAGACAGCCGCCUGCCUGGCUGCUGGGAACACAGUGGUGAUCAAGCCUGCCCAGGUGACCCCACUCACAGCCCUGAAGUUUGCUGAGCUGACCUUGAAGGCUGGUAUUCCCAAGGGCGUGAUCAACAUCCUGCCUGGAUCUGGCUCGCUGGCCGGCCAGAGACUCUCUGAACACCCCGAUGUGCGGAAAAUAGGGUUCACAGGUUCCACAGAGGUGGGGAAGCGCAUCAUGGAAAGCUGUGCGCUGAGUAACCUGAAGAAGGUGUCCCUGGAGCUGGGCGGGAAGUCGCCCCUCAUCAUCUUUGCUGACUGUGACCUCAGCAAGGCGGUGCAGAUGGGGAUGAGCUCCGUCUUCUUCAACAAAGGUGAGAACUGCAUUGCAGCGGGCCGGCUCUUCAUAGAAGACUCGAUUCACGACCAGUUCGUGCAGAAGGUGGUGGAAGAGGUGAGGAAGAUGAAGAUCGGCAACCCUCUAGACCGGGACACCAACCACGGGCCACAGAACCACCAGGCCCAUCUACAGAAGCUGAUGGAGUACUGCCAGCAUGGCAUGAAGGAAGGGGCCACGCUGGUGUGUGGUGGGAACCAAGUCCCCCGGCCAGGCUUCUUCUUUGAGCCAACUGUUUUCACGGAUGUGGAAGAUCACAUGUUCAUAGCCAAGGAGGAGUCCUUUGGGCCCAUCAUGAUCAUCUCUCGCUUUGCCGACGGUGAUGUGGAUGCUGUGCUCUCCCGGGCCAACGCCACAGAAUUUGGUCUGGCCUCUGGCGUCUUCACCAGGGACAUCAACAAGGCCCUAUACGUCAGCGACAAGCUGCAGGCAGGCACCGUGUUUGUCAACACAUACAACAAGACCGACGUGGCCGCCCCCUUCGGAGGGUUCAAGCAGUCUGGAUUUGGCAAAGACCUGGGAGAGGAGGCCUUGAAUGAGUACCUGCGGGUCAAGACAGUUACCUUCGAGUACUGAAGAGAGGCCUCCAGAGGGAAGCCCUGGCCUCCAGAUGUGACCGCGCCCUCCCACCUGAUCUGCCUUCUUGGAGAGCUCCUCGUCCCUCGCCCCCUCCCACCUCUGAAGCCCUGGUGUCGGCCCCUCACCUGCUUCCCCGCCAUCCCCAUCCAGGACACCCCUACCCUGUCUGAUCACAGCAUCUUUUGGUGGGUGAGUAAGUGGCCUCAGGGCCAAUAAAGGUCCUGACCAGCAGCACCCCGUCUCUCUGCCCAUCUGCAGCGGCCCUGAAGGUCCUGGUGCUGGGGUGAGGUGCCUGGCCCUGAGGGAGCCAGGCACCCAGAGAGAGACGGACUCCGAAAGCAGGGGCAGAGAUGGUGUUAGGGGUGUGAGAGGUUUGCAGGGUGACCCCAGGAGAUGCAGAGCAGUGAGCAGGAUAGACAGUGGGACCCGCUGUGAUGCAGCUCAGCCUCCUUCUGCAAAUAUGCCCCGCCCCCCUCGCUGGCCUGUGCUGGCGUAGGGCCAGAGGGCACAGCGCAGAGGCUGGUCCUGGACCUCCGCAGAGCGGUUGCCCCAGGCUGGCACUUCAGACCUGGGGUGGGGCCCCAUCUUCCACCAUCUUGUGUCUUCUGCGUCCCCCCACAGACUCCCCUGGCCCAGCGCUCCACCCCUACCUUCACCCUGCAGGACUCUGGAUGCCCCCCUUCCACCAAUACCCCCAGCUCCCUAUGUCCCAAACGCCAUGACUUCACUUACCUGCUGUCACCUCAGUUUACCCCACAUGUCACUCUCUUCUUGGCAUUCCAAGCCCCUACCCAGCCUGGCUCUGCCCCUCUGUGUCACAUAGACCCCCUCAAAGCUCCCUCCUCUCUCUGCCGGGUCCCUGGCCCAGCCUCCACUCAUCUAGAAGCAUCUUCAAUCCUCUCUAUACGCCGUCCUUUGGGGCAAUGAAAUCCCUCCCACCUCGUCUCCUUGAAGCCCAUCACCCCUUCUCUUCCCUUCGGGACAUGAUCUUACAGAAGCCACCCCAAACUCCCCUUGAGAGGGAUCAGCUCGUAAGAAACUGCUUCACUAAGUACUAACUGGAAGCUGGGUGGGGAUCCACGCCCUGCCCAUGUAUUUAUCUCAUUUAAUUCUUCCCUUAGCCCGGCUAUUUUCAUCCCUGCUGAUGAAAAAGGAAAUUGAGGCAGAGGAGUUUACUUGCCCGAGGUCACGCAGCUAGCUGGAAUUGCAUUCCCCUCGGUUCCCAGACCUAAGGGUCUCCUCUGCCUGCAGUGUAACUUGCCCCUCAGAGCGCCCGCAGUGAGUUCCUGGCUCUGGGUGUUGGCACUGGGCCCACUGGGGCCAUAGCUCUCUUUCGGGCCUUCUCUGCAUGAUCUGGGGAGCAGGCUACCCCACAGGGCUCCACUCCGCCUUGGAGUAGGGGGUCUCCAUCUCCCCGAGUCCACUCCAACCCCUCAUGAAGGGGCCCUUCCCUGCACCCUUGUACCUCAGCAACCAGGCUGAAGCUUCCCCAAGGCCUUCUUAGAGGGUUGGGAAGAGCUAACAAGUCCUAUUCCAUGGGGUGACUCAGUGAGAGAGGGGACAGCCCACCAGGCCCCACGGGACCCACACCAGGCCCCUGGGAAGCACCCUCUUGCCUGUUUCCUACCUGUUAGCCCGCAGCAGGACCAGCUUACCCAGAGAGCUCACUCGGGCCCCAAGCUCCCACAACGCCAUCUCCAUUCCUGUUGCCCACAGAGGGAAGAAGUGUGUUUCCACCUCAGGUCACGCCUUUUGGACCCCAUUCCUGCCUCCUCCCUGAGAGCAGCCCUUCCUGUCCUUGGGGUGUGACCCUGCCUUAACACACAGCCCCACAGCAGACCAGACAAUCCCUGGUCCGCCCCUCCCAGGCCCUCAUUUUUCAUUCAGCUAGUCUGGGGCCACCACCAGCAGCUGGGAGCAGCUGGCCCUGGGCCUGGGCCCUCAGGCCCCUCCCCACGGAGGCAGAAGCCUGCACCAUCCUGAGGGUCCAGCCCUGGCUUCCCUCAAGCAGCCCUUUACCGCAGAAGAGCAGGCAACGCCCCAGGCCCAGGCCCAGGCCCAUCCAAACCCAAAUCAAACCAACAAACGCUUUUUCCCCUGAACCCUCCCCAGCCCCAAAAAGAGCCUGCUUUUAGCCGGGGUGCUUAAGACCCUGGUUUAACGUGUGCAAGACUGGGCUCCUAGCUUUGUCUUCCCCUCCUUCAAGGAUCCUCCUGAAACUAUAAGGUAGGUAUAUAAGGAAAACCCCCCUGUUCUCCUUGUCUGUGUAUUUCCCUCCCAUGUGUCACCUUCAGUCUCACAUAGAGCAUUUUGCUUCUGACCAUUUGCCCUGGUCACCAAAUGUGUGUGGGGUUUUCCGCACACCAGGCAAUUCUCUGCAGCACCAGUUGAGUGUCCUAUAGCUUAACCCAAUUCUGACAGUCUGCCUGGAGAUAGUGCCAGACCCCACAGUUAAGGCUCAGUCCCACAGGACUGCCCCCACCCCGCCUCAGAUGCCAAUCACAGGGUCCCCACGUUACCCACAGCCUCUAUCUGAUUUGGCUACAAAUUGGAGGUUCCCACGACCCUCUUUUUGGGUUCUACUAAUUUGCUAGAGCAGCUCACAGAAUUCAGGGAAACACUAUUUACAUUUACCGGUUUAUUGAAAGAUAUGAUAAAGGAUGCAUAUGAACAGCCCGAUGAACAAAUUUGCAGGGCAAGGUCCCAAAGAGUCCAGAAUGCAGGAGAUCUGACCCCGUGGGGUUGGGGUGUGUUGCCCUCCUCAUGUGGAUGUGUUUGCCAACCUGGAGCUCUCUGAACCCCCUAGUAUUGGGAUUUUAUAGAGGCUUCCUCAUGUAGACAUGAUCAAUUAUCGAUGCCCUUUCUAGCCUCUCUCUCCUCUCCGGAGGAUGGGGGUGGGGCUGAAAAUCCCAAGCUUUUAAUCAUGGUCCUUCUGGGGACCAGCGCCCACCCAGAGCCACCUCAUUAGAACAAGAGAUGCUCCUAGUGUUCUUAUUACUUAGGAAAUUAUAGGAAUUUCAGGAGCUCUGUGCCAGGAAUGGGAGGAAGAGAUCAAAUGUAUUUUCUAUUAACUCAGUGUAAGAAGUUAAGACUAUUAAAUAUCUCUCAUUUCCUUCUC